AGAGAAGAGAAAUCAUUUAGAUAAAUAAUUUAGUUAUUUAAAUUAAUGUCUAAUUUUUAUUAGUAGUACUUUUAUAGUUAUUGGGCUUUUUAUAGUGUUUGGGUCUUCUAGUUAAGGAUCCACUAUGAAUACUAUAUAUGUAGUGUCUUUGACACAAUUAAGGAUAUCAAUCAAAGAAAUCAAAUUUAUCUUUUAUCUCUAUUUUCUUAGCUUUAUUUUAAUGUCUUUCUCUUUUAUUGUUUAAACCCUAAUUCUAUAUUCUUGGUAGGAAUUUCUUCCUAUCAAUUGGUGCUUUCAUUCUUGCACUCAACUUCUCCCAUGGCAUAUUCUUACUACAACCAUCCAUUUUCUCCUCCAUGCAUUCAGUCACAUUAUUCCACUACAACGUCAAUUUCUACCCCACCAUUCAUAAACCCAUUUCUUGGAUAUUAUUAUCCAACCUCAUAUCCUCAAUUUUACCAUCAACAACAACCCAUAGUUUCUGCUCCAUCUCAACAACUACCCUCAUCUCCAGAUUUCUUUUCACAACCAGAAACACUUCACCAGUUAGAAAUUCUAAAACAUUAUAUAACAGAGACUCAUGAAAUCUCAAACAGAUCUAGAGAGGAGUUGAAAGAACAAAUCCAGAAUCUUUCAGAUACAUUCAAAAAAACACAAGAAGAAUGGAAACAAAAAUAUGUUGGGCUGAAAACUACUGAAAAACCUUUAGAAAAAGAAGAAAAAAUAGCAACACCGGUGACGUUGCUGGCUCCGACGACAACCCCGACGGCUUCUCCGACAAGCAUUCCGGCGAUAACCCAGGUGACUACUCCGGCGAAACCACCAGAUCUGCAACCAAAACCAUCAAAGCCAUCGUCUCCACAAUCAAAUCCACUUAGUAUGUUUCAAUCUACUAUUGAAUGUAUAAAGGUUUGCUGCAUCUCGCAUACACAAUCCUGUUGCACACGGAGGGCGUACAUAGAAGUUUGUUGCAGGUGGAGUCGUGGAGGUCUUGGUUAUGAGGUCGUGAAUGAAUGAGUGUUUUUGUGUGGAAUUUUUUCUCAAUGUGAGAAUUGGUUUGUGAUUCAGUGUGAGAGAAUGAAAGUUUAUCAACGACUUUUUACUUACAUAUCACCCCUUGCAAGAUUGGUUUUCAAUCGAGAUUACAGCUGUUUUGCAAUCCAUGAUAUUGCGGAGAAUUGCAGCUUAUGUGGCCUCAAUAGAGAUCACGUUGCGAUCACAGAGAGAUAAAUAUAUAUGUUACUGUAUCCCAGCUUAUGUGGCCUCAAUUUGUUUGUUUUUACCAAAAGCCAGUACUGGAAUGAGCAAAAAGUCAAGUAUAAUAAUCAACAAUUAUCUCCAACCUUAAAUGGUUUCUCAAGGCCUUAAAAAAAAUCAAGCCAAUCACGUUUGAAAGCACUUUAAUAUUAUCUAUUGGUUAUUGCCAUUAGAGAGCAGCUAAGAUACAAAGAAGCUACAACAACGUAAGUAACAGUUGGAAAGUACUAACAUUAGAAUUAGGAGCACGCCAUAACGAGAACCUGCACUCUUAGUAACCUCUCUGUCCAAAGAAAGCCUAUGUUAUGACAUAGAAUUUAAAUGUAAAUAGCACAACCAUACAUUAACAUAAUAAU